GAGAUAUUCUGGUCACAUGAGCAAACAGAAAAGAUGGCGACUCACAUACGACGUUUAGUUCGGUGGAUUACCGGUGAAACAAUUCCAUAAAGAGAUCUUGUGAUCUUGGAUAUAAUUUUGCUAUUUUUCUGAUGAACCCUUUCUGUCAACAUGACUUCGAUAAAAGUGGCUGUGCGUGUGCGGCCACCAAAUCAGAGAGAGGAUGGGAAUGCCAUCAUUAUCGAGAUGGAGGGCAGCAAAACUAAAAUUACAAAUCCCAAGGUGCCUGAAGCUGGAGGGGAAGGUGAUCAUGGGAGAGACCAAUUGAAACUUCGAGAGUUCACUUUUGACUACUCUUUUUGGUCAGUCUGCUCAACUGAUUCACAUUUUAUCAAACAAGAACAGGUGUUUGAGGCACUAGGACUGGAUGUAGUGUCAGCUGCUUAUGAAGGAUACAAUGUUUGUGUGUUUGCCUAUGGGCAGACAGGUUCAGGAAAAACAUUUACCAUGAUGGGCAGUCAGGACAACCCUGGUUUUAUCCCAAGAUUUUGUGAGGAAAUGUUUGCUAGAAUGUCAGAACAGGGAGCCACCUACAGAACUCAAGUCAGCUAUCUUGAAAUCUACAAUGAAAAAGUUCGAGACCUACUGAAGUAUAGCACAAGUGGAAAAUCUUCCCAUCGCCUGCGCAUUCGGGAGCACCCAAAAGAUGGGCCAUAUGUGCAAGAUCUCUCUCAUCACACUGUUGUUAGCUAUGAUGGCAUUGCUUCAUUGAUGAAUAGAGGAAACAGUAACAGGACAACAGCAUCCACCUUGAUGAACGAUGUGAGCAGUCGGUCACAUGCCAUCUUCACGAUAACUUUUACGCAGGCUAAGUUUCAAGAUGGCCUUCCCAGUGAACGUCAGAGCAAAAUACAUUUAGUAGACCUGGCAGGAAGUGAAAGAGCAGAUGCCAGUGGAGCUACUGGCCAGCGACUGAAGGAAGGAGGUAGCAUCAACAGAUCUCUGGUUACCCUUGGCAAUGUCAUUUCAGUGUUAGCUGAAAUGUCUGAAAAUAAAGGACACAGAACACGGGGAACAUUUAUCCCUUAUCGUGACUCAGUCCUCACCUGGCUGCUAAAAGACAGUCUUGGGGGUAAUGUCAAAACAGUCAUGAUUGCCACCAUCUCACCUGCAGACAUAAACUAUGGGGAAACUUUAAGCACCUUACGAUAUGCAAACCGAGCCAAAAACAUUAUCAACAGGCCAACUGUGAACGAGGAUCCAAAUGUUCGUCUUAUUAGAGAGCUUAGAGAAGAAAUAGCUCGACUGAAGUCUCUCCUUGGUGGAAAUUUGGAUAACAUAUCUUCGCCAAAAGUCCAAGAAAGACUGCAUGAAAAUGAAGCAAGGAUCAAAGUGCUGACUGAGGAAUGGGCUGGCAAAUGGAGAGAAUCAGCUUCAAUUCUGCAGGUGAAAAAAGAACUUGGAACUUCGAAGGAAGGACGUGGUGUGGUGCUGGAUUCCACCCUACCCCAUCUCAUUGGCAUUGAUGAUGACAUCCUGAGCACUGGCAUCAUGCUUUAUCAUCUAAAGGAAGGAAUUACGACAAUUGGAUCAGAUGAUUCUGAUGAGCCUCAAGACAUCACCAUCACUGGGCCAAAUGUUGAGCCGCAACAUUGUGUCAUAGAAUAUCGGCAUGGUUCUGUCACACUUCACCCCAUUGAAGAUUCAUUGUGUGAGAUCAAUGGGGCUGUUAUUAAUGAGCCUGUCAAUCUUACUCAAGGGGCUGUCAUUUUGUUGGGAAAGACAAACAUGUUUCGAUUUAACCAUCCAGCAGAGGCUCAGAAACUGAAACAAAUGCGAAAAUCUACAUCUAGCCUCUGCCUGUACAAAAGCCGUAUUUUGAACAACUCACACACAUCACUGCUAAGCCAUUCCUUGAAUGAUCUGUACCGCUCCAAUGACAGCUUGGCUGUUGUUGCUGGCUGGGAAUUUGAAGAGAGUCAUCGUGAAGAUCAAGAACUUCUCGACAGAAAGCGUCAGGAGAUUCAGGAGCUGGAAGACAAGUACAAGCAGAAAGAUGAUGAUUGGCAGAAGCAGCAGGAGGAAUUGGAACAGCAGUUGGAAGAGAGUCAGAAGCAGUUGCUGGCCCUUGAAGAUGAAAUGACCACGCUGCGUGAAACAAUGUCGCCAGCCAAAUCUAUAGAAGAGGCAUUGCGAAGACUUGAAGAAGAGGAGAAAAAAACUCAACAGAAAACUACAGUUCUGAGGGAAGAGCUAUUGCAGGAGCUGAGAGAUCUGUCAAGUCGACAUGAAGCAACAGAGGCUAGCAUUGCAGCAUCCUUAACAGAACUUGACAACCAGGUGUCCUCAAAGCAGACAAUGCUGAUGACACUGGAGGAAGAGAUUGCACACAGGCGUAAAGCCCUUCUGACUGACAAACAGAAAAAAGAAGAUCAAAUGAGUACCCUGACAUCGGAAGUAACAGCUGUUCGUGAGCACUUGAAUGUAGAAAGAGAGCGACUUCUUUCAGAGGAUUCCAUGUUAAAAGAAAAAUAUUACAUUGUCCUUCAGAAAGAGGCAGCUUUGCGCAAGGAACAUGCUCAGCUGGACCAGGAGAAAAACAUUGACUGGAAAAAAAUUCUAGAUAUUUUUAGUGAGGAAAACUAUCACAUCGAAGAAGCCUGGAAUGAUCUCGUGCAGCAUGAACAGACUGUCAAUGAGAGGCUGCUUAAAGGCGAAUUCUCCAGUGAAGAGGAGAGGAAUGAAUGUGAGUUUGACAAGUAUCAGCUGGAACAGGCCAGAGUACUGCUCAAAGAGGAGGAGGACAAGAUCGCAGCCACCCAGCAAAAGGAAAUGGAACGUCUGGAGGGAGAAAUGGAGAAGUGGGCACAGCAGAAGGAGAAUGAAAUCUCCUUGUUGCAGAGAGAAAGAGAUGAUCUAAUGCGCCACAAGAGUAAAGAAAUGUCUGAUCUCUUGGCUCAGUUGGAAAACAAAUUAACAGCUUUUAACGAGCAGCAGGAAAAGUGCUGUGAGGCAGAUAAAAUGUUAUCUUGCUUUGAGGAUGAAGCGAAAAAGCAGAUUUCAGGUCUGCUUGCAGACCAGAAAAAGCUUUUGGAGCUUAAAAAUCUUAAAAUGGAAGAGCAGGCUACAGCAGAAGAAGAGAAGAAAAAGGUGGAAGCUGAAAUACAGACUCGUCUCGUGGAGGUGCAGCAGGCUGCAGAUACCGAAUUACAGAAAAUUUAUGAGGAAAAAGAAAAGUUGUUAGGGCUCAGAAAACAAGCAGAAGAGGAGAUGAUACUGGGCAUGGUUCAGAAAGAAGACACUGUGACAGGAGAUAUCUUGAAAGAGCAACAAAAAGCUCUAGAAGAUUCCACGAAGAAGUGCCAAAUGCUGACAGAACAGGUGAGGAUACUGCAAGAACAGCUGGCUGCCAGCCAGCAUCAGCAUGAUGUGGACCUAGAACGUGAGUUAGACAGCCUAGAGUUUAAGAAAUUGCAGCUUCAGGAUUUGGAACGUCAAGAGAGGAUAAAUGCUCUGGUGGAACAAGAAGUGAAAAGACGCCUGUUUGAGGAAAAAGUUGAAAGAGAAAAACAGAGGCGAAUGGAGCGAGAACAGGAGAGACUAGAGAGAGACAAGGAGAUACACAGAUUGAAGUCUUUACAUGAGAGGGAGAUACGACAGCUCAAAGCUAGGCUAGAAAACAGUAAUGGACAUAACAGAUCUAACCCUUACAGUAGGUCUUUGACACACAGCUCAUCCUUUGAUGGAAGCAGGAGAAAGCUGGUGGCCCAGCUGAGUCUCUCAGACCCUCCUCCUCCUGUAAACAUCACAAUUCCCAACUAUGAACUGAGAGGCAGUGGAAGAGACAGUCACUAUGAAUAUGAAGUGAAGGUGACAAUAGGAGACGAUAUUUGGAGUGUGUUUCGAAGGUACAGCAGGUUCAGGGAGCUGCAUCAAACUAUGAGGAAGAAAUACCCUACUGUGGAUAUCCUGAUAUUUCCUCCUCGCAGACUAUUUCACAGAAAUGAACGUGUUGCAUCAGAAAGACGAGUAUUGCUAGAGCAAUAUCUGAACAACCUGGUGGAGGCAUGUAUGCGGUGCCCUGACUGUCCCCUUCAUCCAGAGAACAAUCGUUACCUCAGCAAACCUGUGCUGGCCAAGUUUGAUCUGUUUUUCCAGCGUGGCCUUUUUGAACAUGCUCGGAACAUUGCCACAUGAAGGAAUGGUGGUAAGCUUAAAUGUCUUGUACUGUUAAUUGAUGUACCAUUAAAAUUCAAUUUGUUGUGAAUGGACUGAGGCCUUAUCACUGCUGACUAUAAAAAAAUGAUUGUACCUGAGUGAACAGUGCAUUUCAUGGCGACAUUUCACAUUGUGUUUUUUUUUCAUUAUUGUUUAAAAAGAAAUCUUAUACUAAAACCUUUACACUGGACAAAAUGAAACUGUGCUUUAUGCAAGGUUUACUAGGAAGGAGUGCAUGCACUGCUGGAGAAGGGAUAUGAUUUCCUGUACAUGAGCAUUGAGAUAAUGUCCAGUGGUUUAUGUGGUUCAGACAGACAAGACAAAGUUUUUAGCAGGUGAGGGAAACAUUCAAUGAGUGCUAUAAAAAAUGCUUAUUAUGUAUUGAAGGACUAUGGUGACCAAAAGUUGUCAUCUUUCUUGUAACACAACUGCCAUCUUCAGUCUUGUCAGUGUGCUUUGCUGUUAUUUCUAAAACAUUAUAGAUGCUGGUGGGAUACUUGUAGAUAAGUAAUUGCAAGAUGAUGGAUGAUACAAGCUUACUAGAAAAUCAUGAUGGGAAUAUUGGAUCGUUCCAUUAUUGUGCUGAUUUGAACAUUUGAACCCUUUAUAAAAAGUAGUAUUUGUAUUUUACAUUUUCUUUGAGCUGGGAGGAGAGUAAUGUUCAGUACUCAAUAUUUUCUUGAAUGUGGUCAGAAUGUGUCAUACAUAAAAACAAAAAUUGCUAAACACAGGUAUUUGUUUCAUUAAUUUUUCUGUGAAGUUUAUUAGUUAAAUGCUGUGUAAUCUUAUAAAGUAACUAUUAAAUGUACUUGCAGAAAUUUUGCUAGGCAGUAUUACAGAAUAUAAAUUAUUGUAGAAUUUUAUAGGCAGUAUUAAGAUAUGGCUGAGUGUUUCUUGUGAUUUUCUUUGGGUACAAAAAGAAAUUUGCCAUUUAUAUGUUCUGUUAAUGUGAAAAUACAUAAGACUUAUUAUAAUAGUCUUAUAACAGACUGAUGUAAAGAUAGUACAAUAUGCACUCUUAAUUUUACAAAGAGUUUAUGACACUGUUACCAUUUUUAUGCUUGACAAUGAAGAACAGUACCUGCCUGAAGGUGUUUGUUUUUUUUAACUUCUAAGUUAUUUGGGAUGCUUAAGAUGCAUCUGUUAUAUCUCUAACAGCUAAGCUUCAUAGUGAAUCUACCAGCACAGUGAUAAAAGCAUAAAAGGGGGUUGCUAUUUAAAGGCUUUAUUUGGCAUUCACUAUCUGGGAGAAAUACUAACAAAUAAAUGUAAAAUGUCAGCCACAGCCUUUACUACAAAAGUGCCCAUCUCAUAUAGCACAAAUAAUCAAGUAUCUAUGUGCAGAAAGAACAAAUGUACGUUACUCUGCAGAUUUCUUUAUCACCCGUCCAUACUGAUAUUCAUUAUUCAUACUUUUGAGAUUCUUUUCUGGUUGGCUAAAUGAGUUGGAAAGAUGCAUUUAUUAUUGCCUCCUUACAUUCCAGCUGAUCUCAUUCUUAGACAGUGUUAACUGUGCAUAAUGGCAGUUCACAAUUGUGGCCAUGAGUUGUGAAUAUUUUAUACUUUGGUACUUUUUCAGCUUGGUAAACUAUACUGUUAUACUGUGUCUGAAAAACUUACUGGGUAUUGCAUCGCUGAUGCACUGAACAUGAUGUUUCUUAUACGAAAGAGUGUCUAGUUGCAUUACUGAUGCUUUAAACAAGAUAUAUACGAAACUGUUUCUCAGAUACCAGUUGUGUCAGAGAUCCAAUGAACAAACUAUGUACUGCAUGAAACAUUGCAAAUUCUUUUAUGUAGACAUUGCUGAUUUCCUGAGACACAUAGAGUAUUUAUAAAUACGUCACAUGUACUGGUCUACCAGUUGAGUGUCAGUUCAUACAGAUCUGAACAUUGUUUCUUAUCUUAGUUUGUGUACAACUUUUCUCCUAAGCUUAUGUAUGGACUUGCCUCCAUAGGGCUUGCAUAUUGCACCACUCUUGCCUUAUGGACAAAAUAAUUAUAAUUAUUGAGUCUUUCAUAAAUUGCAUAUCUGAUAAAAUUCAUACUGCAUCCUUCCAUUCUUAUUUUCAUCAUUUCUAUUUUCCUGCUCAUUUGAUUGUUUCAGACAGGCUUAAUUGUACAUAUGUGAUAAAAUUGAAAACAGCCUUGAAAAUAUUUGACAUUCAUUGUUCAGGAAGUGCCAAUGCAUAGAGAAAUGUUUAGUGACUUAAACACGAUCAACAGAACAGUCAUCUUUAUCCUUGUGAUGGAGUAAUUUUAAUGUGUCGUAUUUUCAGUAUGGUAUUAGAUACUGAAACAUAAUAAUUGUGUGUUACUUUGUUAGAUUCUGAAAACUCCCUUUCUGGGAGCUGUCAAUAGUUCUGCUGUUGUCAUUUAGUGUGGUGGCAUAAGCAUAUCACCUGAUCACCUGUUCAUAUAUAAUUUUUGUUGAGCAAUCAUGGUUUUGGUGGUGAAAGAAACUAUGACAGCGAAUGCCUUGUAAUUAGGGUUUAGCAUCAUCCAGGAAGGUAUCUGUUUUCUCAUUCCAUGCAACAAUGUGGGGCAGAUUCUGAUAGAGGUUAUCAUGUGAGAUUUCUUGUCAUAUUGUUGCUGGACAUUUAAAUUGUGCCUUACCUUGUGCUUUCAUUUUAAACAUCUUGGUUGUUGUUUUUUUGUGAAAUAACUAGUCAUUUUGGGAUUUUUUUUUUUUUGGUUGGUUUUAUGGUUUGUAAAAUUCAGCCAAGUUGUGACAAUUUUUGUAAAUGCUUCGUAAAGGUGGGCAUCUAAUGCGAGAAAACUUGGCUUUAGAGUUUUAGUAAAAUUUUUCAUCAUUCAGUUUAAGCUUAUUUCCUUUCUAUCCCUUUACACAUUGCAAACUUAUUCCUGGCAAACUGGUCUUGAAGUUUUUUUUUUAAAUGAAGGUGUUUGUAUAAAUGAGGUGUCAAGUUUAGUUGAGCAAUCAUUGAGGAUGUGUAUAGAGCUUCUGUUAAAUAAUGUUUUAUUGAACCUCUUUUAUAACAACAGUAUUUCAUACUACAGUGUGAUACCUUACUGUAGUAUGUACAUCAGAUAAUUCAUGUAUUUAGCUUGUUUGGUCAUGAAUCAAGAUUGCUUGAUUUCUAUCUUUUCUCAAUUUUAGAAAGGUUUUAUCUUAGUAAAAUGCAUUAUACAGAUGUUACUUUUGAUCAUGUAAUAUUUUGACGGGCAUCAUCAUGAGUAAAUUUUAUUGAAUUUCUCACAUCCUUUAAGCUCAAUUAAUAGGAUUGAGAAGUACUUGGGGUUUUAUUUUUAUAUAUCUUACAAUGCAUAGAUCUUAAAAAGACUGUUAAAUCUUGAAAUCUGAAAUUUUGUUUUGCUUUCAGCCAAUUGAACUCAUGUUGAUGUACACUCUUGAUAUUCACCUGUGUAAUGCACCCCCACAGGCUUAGGGUCUCACCAUUCAGUGCCGUUUCAACUUUUGAAAACAGUCUUUCUAGAUUAGCAUAUAAUAGUAAAUGCCUUCUUUAGACAAUAAUUUCCAUGGCUUGAUUAGGCUUAGACUGAAUAUAAUAGGAUAAUGUAUCAUUUGCAAAUUGGUGAUAUGAAUUUCUUCUUUGAUAACUGUGCCCUAGUCCUUGAUUUACCCAGGGUAAUGAGUAUAGAAGUAUCUUACAGUGGUUGAGAGGUUCACUAAGUGGAAGUCCCUCCUUUCAAGUGACAGUCAUUUCGGCAAACUCUGGGACAACCUUCUUCAUGAGCCUCACUCACUCACCCUGCUUCCACCUGAAGUUCAAUCAAGGGCUUAAGUUGUACAAGGUACUAGUCUUUCUUUCCUGAGAGCCACGAAAAAAUCCACAUGUAAUAUUUUGAAGAUGUGUAGGAAAUGUUUUCAACUUUUGCUAGCCUCAAGGUGAUUUGAACCUGCACUCAGUCCUUGCAAGUGGAAACUGGUGAAGCAUGAAACCAUUUUACUGCUGAUGAAAUUUGAAAAGCAAAAACUAAUUUCUAGUGGCUUUUUCAUCUUUUGUAAGUCAGAUAAUCACUAAAACUAGAGCGUGGAGCUGAAGACUGGGUCUCUUGUACUUGACAAAGUUUUCAAGAAAAAGAAAAUUUGUGUGUGUGCUCGUACAUAUGUGCACAUGGAUUUUAUUUAUAAAUGGCUUUUGGAAACUUGACCUUUAGUAGUUUAGCAUUUUUCAAAUGUGAUCAAAAUUUUGUGGAAGCAAUUAAUUGUGUUUUAUCAGAUUCUGAAAGAGAGCAUUUGUAGUUUAACUAGGUUUGUUGGUGAUAACCAGUAAUUUAAGGAAAAGCGUCUUCCUUCUAUUAAUUUCUGGACUGUGAUAUGCACAGGACAGCAUCCAAAAUAUACAGUUCUACUCUGAUUAAUUGAACUUAUUUCAAAUUAUUAAAGGUUUAUCAAAAAUCAGAAUGUUUUCCUUAUGACUGGGUUUACUUCAUUAAAGACACUAGACUCCAUUCCAAUAGUUUUCUCACAGCACAGCGUAUGCCUGCUGCACAGCAGGAGUUAACCACCAUAAUGCCAUUGUAGUAACAAGGUUACUAAAGAUGCUGAUAAUCAAGGUGUGCUAAUAACUUCGUGCCUCUAUGCAAUAUUGAUUCCUUGAUGUCAUAUUUGAGAGAUACUUCUGUUUGUGCAACCCGUCAUGUAAAAAGGCGAUAAAUUACAACAAUAAAUUAUACUGACGCUUGCAGCUUUGUGCUUGAAUAUUUUUUAGCUUUGAAGUACUUGAACUUUGCUAGAAUUAUGAUUUCUUAAAUUCUUAGAAAUUCAAGAGCUUUUGAGGAUGAAACUGCAGUAUUUUUAUUUUGGGAAAUGUUCAGCAGACACGUUUUUAAUCAGGAUUUACUUGCUAAGUUAUAAUAGAUUUCAUUGUCAUCACUUUAUGUGUCCUGGUGUCCAUGAUUUUUUUCCUGCUGUUUUACAGGGACACAAGAUAUCAGGGCUUCUGCUUACGCAAACAAUUGCGUACAGUACGCAUUAAAAGUUCGGAGGACCCCUUCAAUUUUUGUCGAUGGGGCCCCAUUCAAAAUUGGCCGAAGAACAGGGACCCCUUAAAAAUCUGAAGGGGUCCUUGGGACCCCAAAGAAUUUAGCCUUAGCAGAAGCCCUGAAGAUAUGUUCUAAUAUUUUGUCAUUUUUUUUUUUUGAACUUUUUUUAUUUUAAUGCAGAGAUUUGUGGUAAAGACUCCAGCAUUCUUUCAGCUAAGGUUGAGGAACUUAAGAAAAAGAAAAAUGAAAAAGUGAAAACAAAA